AAAGUAUUUCUCCUCUGCGAAAGACCCUUCCGCUACUGAUGCAAACUAUGUCUCUGCAGCUUCACGCUACACCCCAGUAACCCCCUGGGCACUGCGGCAGGUAAACGGGGCACCUAAUGUGAGCUUGACCACGCAGAGAGAAGGAAGCACCCUCACCAUGUGGCUCUACCUGGUGGCCUUUGUGGGCCUGUACUACCUUCUGCGCUGGUACCGGGAGAGGCAGGUGGUGAGCCACCUCCAAGACAAGUAUGUCUUUAUCACGGGCUGUGACUCGGGCUUUGGGAACCUGCUGGCCAGACAGCUGGAUGCACGAGGCUUGAGAGUGCUGGCUGCGUGUCUGACUGAGAAGGGGGCCGAGCAGCUGAGGGGCCAGACAUCUGACAGGCUGAAGACGGUGACCCUUGAUGUUACCAAGAUGGAGAGCAUCGCUGCAGCUACUCAGUGGGUGAAGGAGCAUGUUGGCGACAGAGGACUCUGGGGACUGGUGAACAAUGCAGGCAUUAUUAAACCAGUGACCAUAUGUGAGUGGCUGAACAUUGAGGACUCUAUGAAUAUCCUCAAAGUGAACCUCAUUGGUGUGAUCCAGGUGACCUUGAGCAUGCUUCCCUUGGUGAGGAGAGCGCGGGGAAGGAUUGUCAAUGUCUCCAGCAUUCUGGGAAGAGUUGCUUUCUUUGCAGGAGUCUACUGUAUCUCCAAGUAUGGAGUGGAAGCCUUUUCAGAUAUUCUGAGGCGUGAGCUUCAACAUUUUGGGGUGAAAAUCAGCAUAGUUGAACCUGGCUACUUCAGAACGGGAAUGACAAACCUGACACAGUCCUUAGAGGACAUGAAGCAACGUUGGAAAGAAGCCCCCAAGCAUAUUAAGGAGACCUAUGGACAGCAGUAUUUUGAUGCUUUUUACAAUAUCAUGAAGAAAGGGCUGUUGGGUUGUAGCACAAACCUGAACCUGGUCACUGACUGCAUGGAACAUGCUCUGACAUCGGUGUAUCCACGAACUCGAUAUUCAGCUGGCUGGGAUGCUAAAUUUUUCUUCAUCCCUGUAUCUUAUUUACCUACAUCACUUGCAGACUACAUUUUGACUAGAUCUUGGCCCAAACCAGCCCAGGCAGUCUAAAGAAAACUGGGUUGGUGCUUCUUGGAAUGAAGACAAAAAUCUGAAAUUAAUUGUUAGUGUCUCAGUAAUCCUGAUUUAGAACCCAGGCUUUUUGUAACAAUGCAUUUUCUUGCCUAAAUUCAUUUAUCUGUCAUCAUCAGAGUACUAACAUGUUUAUCUUUCAGAUAUCCAAAGCUUACCACUUUAGCUGAUGAAUCUUUACUAUUUCACCCCUUUUUUGAUGAGACAAUUUUUCCAGAGUGAAUCAUUUGUUCUUGCCUUAUUAAACACAGUAGAUGGAAAACAAUUUAACCUAUUUUGAAGUCAUUUCUUUUUGAAUAUGAAUAAUUGUUCUACGCUUUAAUAAUCUAUUGUGAAGAAACUACUAAGAAAUAUGUUAGUGUGUUCGUCCUUACUUGAAAUGGGUCUGUAUUAUGGUACUUUUAAUAAAUAUUUGAUUUUUCUUUCUCUUC